AAAGGUGUGGACUCUUUUAGAGAGAGACCAGAAAAUCGAAACUUCGACACACAAAGAUAUUUAUGCACUUUGCUCUCCCAUCGCACAUUCUCCGCCCCCAAAAUUAGGGUUUAUUUCUCUUCUCCCUUCAAUUCCGUUGUACCUUCCUCUUCACUCCAUUCUCUCUCUCUCUCUCUACUCUAGGGAUUGCACUUCGAGGUGCCCAAAUGUAUGAUUGGUAUUUUUGCUGAAGUUUUGAAUGGUGGCGGCUAUUUUUGCAUCAUAUAGGAUAUGCGCUUCUGAGAAGUCAAUUUUGUUUGGACUCCGGAGGAGAGUUGUGGCUUUGGAGCUACUUUUGUUUGUGGGGCAUUAAGCGGCUUUUAACUGGAAGGAGAUAGGUUGGACAUUGUGUUUCUUAGAUAUGCUGACGUCCUGCUCCGAUUCAACUGAGAAGGCCCCUGCUGGUGGAAUAGGGGUCCCUACUCGAGGUCCGCGGACCAGUUAUGUUCCACCACAUCUUAGGAAUAGGUCUCCCUCAGUAGACACAACCUCAGCUCCGGUUUUGCAUUAUGAUGCUGCUGUUGGAAGUGGCCACCAGGGACAUGGUGGUCCUCCUCCAGCCGGGAUUCGAUCCGUUGGUCCUAGGAAUGAUCGUGGUGGUGUUAGCAGCAGCCGUGGUGGUAAUGGUGGUGGUGGUGCCUGGAAUAAUAGAAACAAUGGUUGGGAUCAUGGGAGGGCAAGAGAAUCUAAUCCUUUUCAAGACGAAUUAGAUACAGAACAGGCAUUUGGGGCUCAAGAGAAUACAGGGAUCAACUUUGAUGCUUACGAUGAUAUUCCAGUUGAAACUAGCGGAAAAGAUGUUCCCCCUCCAGUAAAUACAUUUGCCGAGAUUGAUUUAGGCGAAGCUUUAAACCUAAAUAUUAGAAGGUGUAAAUAUGUGAAGCCUACACCUGUGCAGCGGUAUGCCAUACCAAUAGCACUCGCUGGCCGGGAUUUGAUGGCGUGUGCUCAGACUGGCUCUGGGAAGACAGCUGCGUUUUGCUUCCCAAUAAUUAGUGGAAUUAUGAAAAGCAGCCAGUCUGCUCUGAGACCCCCUCGCAUGCCACGCAUGGCAUUUCCACUUGCCCUCAUUCUUUCUCCAACUAGGGAGCUUUCCCUGCAAAUUCAUGAAGAAGCUAGGAAAUUUGCAUACCAAACUGGUGUGAGGGUGGUUGUUGCUUAUGGUGGUGCGCCCAUAAAUCUACAGCUUAGAGAACUUGAAAGAGGUGUUGAUAUACUUGUUGCAACUCCUGGAAGGUUGGUGGAUUUGUUGGAAAGAGCAAGAGUUUCAUUGCAACUGAUUAGGUACUUAGCGCUGGAUGAGGCAGAUAGAAUGUUGGACAUGGGUUUUGAACCUCAAAUAAGGAGAAUUGUGCAACAAAUGGACAUGCCACCUCCUGGUUUAAGACAAACAAUGCUGUUUAGCGCCACCUUCCCGAAGGAGAUUCAGAGGUUGGCUGCAGAUUUUCUAUCAUCUUACGUCUUUCUGGCUGUAGGGAGAGUUGGUUCUAGUACUGAUUUGAUUGUCCAGAGAGUUGAAUAUGUGCUAGAGACUGAUAAAAGAAGCCACCUAAUGGACCUUCUUCAUGCACAGAGGGCUAACGGUGAUCAAGGAAAGCAAGCUCUCACUCUGGUUUUUGUGGAGACAAAGAAGGGAGCUGAUUCCCUUGAACAUUGGCUUUGCAUGAAUCACUUUCCUGCCUCUGCCAUUCAUGGUGACAGGAGUCAACAGGAUCGAGAAUAUGCCUUGAGAUCUUUCAAAACUGGCAAAACACCAAUAUUGGUUGCAACUGAUGUGGCAGCACGUGGUCUUGAUAUCCCGCAUGUUGCACAUGUGGUCAACUUUGAUCUUCCAAAUGAUAUAGAUGAUUAUGUCCACCGCAUAGGACGCACUGGCCGUGCUGGCAAAACAGGGUUGGCAACUGCCUUCUUUAAUGAGAACAAUUCCUCAUUGGCAAGACCAUUGGCAGAUUUGAUGCAAGAAGCACAUCAGGAAGUGCCUGCCUGGCUGUCCCGAUUUGCAGCUCGAUCAACCUUCGGAAGGAACCGUCGUGGGGGAGGACGAUUUGGUAGUCGUGAUUUUCGAAGAGACACCCCUUUCAACCGAGGUGGAAUGGACUCAUAUGGUGGGGGCCACAUCAACAAUGGAUAUGUUGCAUCUGGUGGGUACGGUGGAGGUUUCGGGCCUACUACUGUGACUAGCGCAUGGGACUAAAAACGUACCAUUUCUUAACUUGGCAAUUGCAGGUGUAAUCUGAGGUCUACGUUUCUUCUUACUCUAGAGCAAUCACAUGUUUAAUACUGAUGUGCAUCAUCUUAACCAGAAAGUCCUUUUCGCUCCAUCCAAGAUGGUGGUUGGCAGGCGUAUUGCUUCAUAUGCUCUGAGAUGUGCCGUAAUGUUGGCAAGUUUUCGGAAAAUAAUUGGUAUGAUAGUCUUAGAACAUGUGGUCCUUUUGCCGACCAAUUCACUGCUUAAAUAUUAGUUUUGAGGUUUUGUAGAGUUCCAUGGAGGGGUAGAAAUCAUGUUAGCGCCAGCAUUUUAGUUUGUACAUCUCACAAGUCUAUUCAUUUCUGCCUUUCAGUUGUAAAUUCCUUCUGCAGAUCCCCGUCACCCCAAAAAUUGGCACAGCCCCUUCCAAUCUUUUGCUGCUGUUGUAUUAUUAUAGUAGUAGUAACCCUUUCUGUUC